AUUAUAUGUGAAGCAGAACAAAAGCAAAAUCUAAAGAGACAGAGAGAGAGAGGAAGAAGAAGAACAAGAGUCAGUGAGCUGCAAUGGCGGAUUCUCACUCUGUCAACAAUCAGCUCUCGAGACACACUUCUAUAUUUGGUUUACGUUUAUGGGUUGUUCUCGGCGUUUGCGUUGGAGCCGCGAUCGUUCUUUUACUUGUUCUCAUCUCUCUCUGGUUCAUUUACAGACGAAGCAACAAGAACAAAGCUCUUGAGUCUUCUUCUAAAUCUAACCAUACGAUUGUUCCCGUUGUUUCUAAGGAGAUUCAGGUCGACCCAUCUCGACCUCCAAUUCAACCCGACCCGACACCGGAGACACACCAAAACCAAGCUGUGGCUAAACAAAGAGAAGACGAUAGCAAAAUUCACAUCGAAAUUGGAAAAGAUCAUCGGAUUUCGUACCCGGAGAGAGGAGGUUGGACUGGUUCCGGGUCGGGUGAUCAGGGUUUACUUAUGUCGUCAGGUCCUGAGGUUUCUCAUUUAGGCUGGGGACAUUGGUAUACGUUGAGAGAGCUUGAGGUUUCUACUAAUGGAUUCGCUGACGAGAAUGUGAUCGGACAAGGAGGUUAUGGGAUUGUGUAUAGAGGUGUUCUUGAGGAUAAAUCAAUGGUGGCUAUAAAGAAUCUGCUCAACAACAGAGGACAAGCUGAGAAAGAAUUUAAAGUCGAAGUCGAAGCGAUUGGUCGAGUGAGACAUAAGAAUCUGGUGAGGUUGCUUGGUUAUUGCGUUGAAGGAGCUCAUAGGAUGUUAGUUUACGAAUAUGUCGAUAAUGGGAAUUUAGAACAAUGGAUUCACGGUGGUGGGUUGGGAUUUAAGAGUCCUCUGACUUGGGAGAUUAGGAUGAACAUUGUUCUUGGGACAGCUAAAGGUUUAAUGUAUUUACACGAAGGUCUCGAGCCUAAAGUUGUUCAUCGAGAUAUUAAAUCGAGUAAUAUCUUGCUUGACAAGCAAUGGAACUCGAAAGUUUCCGACUUUGGGUUAGCUAAGCUCUUGGGUUCAGAGAUGAGCUAUGUGACUACUCGUGUGAUGGGUACGUUUGGGUAUGUGGCUCCUGAAUAUGCUAGUACUGGGAUGUUGAAUGAGAGGAGCGAUGUUUAUAGCUUCGGUGUUCUGGUUAUGGAGAUUAUUUCAGGGAGGAGUCCUGUGGAUUAUAGCCGGGCUCCGGGGGAAGUGAAUCUUGUGGAAUGGUUGAAGAGAAUGGUGACGAAUCGAGAUGCGGAAGGAGUUUUGGAUCCGAGGAUGGUGGAUAAACCGUCGUUAAGGUCAUUGAAGCGUACCCUUUUGGUAGCGUUAAGAUGUGUUGAUCCUAAUGCUCAAAAGAGGCCUAAAAUGGGUCAUAUCAUUCACAUGCUUGAAGCUGAGGACUUAAUCUCUAAAGAUGAUCGGAGAAACUCCAGUGGAGGAGGAGGAGGAGGUAUAGAACAGGGAAGGUCACCGCGGAGGAAGACAAAUGUGAAUGAAUCAGAGGAUGAGAGUGGUGAUUCUGUUCUGAUCAACAAUGACCAAUUAGCCUUGGAGAAGAAGGAGAGUCAGUAAAAAAAAAAAGAGAAAGCUUUGGCAUUAUAAUUUUGUUUACUAUUUUUGAAAGUUUUUUUUUUUCUUGUGUGUAUGGUAUGUGUGUAGAUUCUUGUAAUUUUGCAAUAAUUAAAAAUGGGGAUUGCGUGAAAAAUAUCUAUAUGGUUUUUUGUUUUCUUUA